UCCCUCUCUACGGAAACUACGUUUUAAAACAUGACCGCACCACUACCACCCGCCCAUCAUGUCGCCACCAGUCCAUAUUAUCUUAGUUCGUGAUAUAAUCUAAGCCACAUGGACCGUAUGUUUUAUAUUGCCAAAUAUUAUGUGGCAGGACGAGAAAUCAAAUACUUUCACGUCGGAAAAUAACCACUGUUGCAUUUUAAACUUAAACAUGUCUGAUAGCCAAUAUACUCAAAUUUUUAACAGAAAUUCGGUGGACGACGUUGAUGAUUCAGAUCUCAUCAAUAGUUAUGACAAACAGUAUGAAAAAGUGAAGAAGAAGGCCAAGGCGAAACUACCUCCUAUUGAUUCAAUGUCCGAGCUGUGUUUAAACAAUGGAGAAAGCAGUGAAUCCAUUGUGAAAGACAAACUAAAGAAAAAAGUUAAUGCUAAUAAGAAUCAUCAAACUGAAUCAACAAAUAGAUAUGAGAAUACAGAAGUCCUUUUCCCACCACCCCCACCACCGCCAGACAGUAUAAAAAAUUUACCUAAGACUGAGAGGGAAGCUCUCACAUCAAUGCUGAUGUCAUAUUAUAUGAGUGGAUUUCAUACUGGAUAUUAUCUGGGAAUGAAACAAAAAAAUUCUGAAAACUAAAGUUACACGGAUCAAUCAUUCCUAAUUUCCUAAUGGGUGAACCUAUUUGUGAAAAUUUAAAAAAUGUUUUGCUUGCAUCUAAUUAAAUGUUAAAAUGUAUUUUGUAUUAUAUCAUAUAAGUAUUGUAAGAUGUAAAACUAUCUAAGUAUAUAAUUUUGUUACAUUCUAUUAAAUUUAUUGAAUUUGUACUGCUAAAACCUUUUAUUUAUGAACAAAACUUUUAUGAUUUUGA